AAGUGAUUCUAAGUGUAUUCUUAAAUACUUUCCAUAUGUGGUGGGUGGGCCCACUAAAUGGAAGGUCCUGAUUGCAUCUGCCACGUAUGCUGCUUAAAAGAAGGCUACGUUUCUCCAGCUUCACCACUCGACGAAGAGACACCGGACGAGAGAAGGGGUUGCUGGAAGCGACGAAGGAAAUCAAAAUACAUCAGAAAAUCGCCGUUAUUUCUGAAUAAACGCCGUAUAAACCGGCGUUUUGCAAACGGACGCCUGCGAUUCGAGUCGCGGCCGGAUCUGGAAGGGGUCGGGCUCAGGUCAGGCCCGGUCAGGCCGUGUACGCAUCAGCCGCAUGCGUACGCCCACGCGCUCCCUCAUGCGUUUCUCUAAUACCCUUUAAAUCGGCAUACAGCUCAACACACCCAAACGCGUCUCAAUCUCUAUUUUCAGCAAACGACUCUCGAUAUUUUCUAUUUGGUUCCGAUAUGGAAGGGCGAAAGAUCAGGGGCAUUUGGGGAAAUAAAAGCAGGGGGCGGAUGCACCUGCUUCUCGUCUCAGUUACAUUGAAUUUGGUACUUCUCAGUGGCCUUUUAUACGAGAGAGGGCGUAGGGCAUUUUCCGAAGAAAAGGAGCAAGUCUUACCUGGUUUUUGCCCUGCCACUGAGGUGAAGAAGAUGGGAAGCUUGGAGGUAGAGAGCCGCAUCAGUAGCGGCAGAGGAUGGACUGAGGAAGGCCGAGUACAAAAGCUGUCCUCGGACUCAGUUAUUAUUAACCUCGAUCACGGCGAUCCGACCAUGUUCGAGUCAUUCUGGCGGAAGACGGGCGAAAAGAGUACGAUCAUCAUCCCAGGCUGGGAAAAGAUGAGCUAUUUCUCCGACGUCAGGAACAUUUGCUGGUUCCUGGAGCCCGAAUUCGCUGAGGAGGUCAAGGAAUUGCACAAGCUAGUAGGCAAUGCUGAGACGGAAGGCCGUCAUAUAAUCGUCGGAACUGGCUCGACACAGCUAUAUCAGGCGGCUCUCUUUGCGCUCUCGCCGUCGGAUGCGCCUGAGCCAAUGAACGUGGUGUCCGCCACCCCUUACUACUCAUCGUAUCCAUCCGUCACCGAUUUCUUGAAGUCGGGGCUUUAUAAGUGGGCUGGCGAUGCCUACACCUUUGAUCGUGAUGGGCCAUACAUCGAACUGGUUACCUCCCCGAAUAACCCUGACGGGUUCGCGAGGCAACCAGUCGUUAACAGGGAAGGCGGCAAGACGAUCUACGAUCUUGCUUACUACUGGCCUCAAUACGCAUCGAUCACUGCUCCGGCGGACCAUGAUCUGAUGCUUUUCACUGUGUCAAAGAGCACGGGCCACGCAGGAACCCGAAUUGGGUGGGCCCUGGUUAAGGAUCCGGAAGUUGCCAGGAGAAUGACCAAGUACGUCGAGCUCAACACCAUUGGAGUAUCGAAGGACUCGCAACUCCGGGCUGCUAAGAUCCUGAGGGCUGUGCGGGGAGGGUAUGAAGGCGAGCAAGAGUCUGGCGAUGGAGAGACGCUGAAGUUCUUCGACUUUGGUCGUCUCCUCAUGGCGGAGAGAUGGGAUCGGCUUAGGGACGCCGUUCGCAAGAAUCCCAUCUUCAGCUUGCCGGAAUUCCCGACUGCCUACUGCAAUUUCGCCGGCGAGAGUGGGACUUCUCACCCUGCGUUCGCUUGGCUGAAGUGCGAGGCGGAGCACGUCGAUGACUGCGAAAGCUUCCUGCGGAGCAACAGGAUCCUGACGCGGAGCGGCAGGCAGUUCGGUGGGGACUCGCGGUAUGUGAGGGUGAGCAUGGUCGACAGGGACGAGACCUUCGACGUCCUUAUCGACCGACUAAACAUCAUCCGUUGAUACGCGGACCACCGGGCGGAAGCUGGAUCGCUCGCAGCUUUCGAGGUUAUCGUAGGGGGGAAGACCCCAAAAGAUGAGACUAGAGCGAAAGAGAGGAGAUUA